AUGCGCAGGACACGGCUCGCAAGAGCAGCUGCUGAAUCGGCGGCCGCCAGUGCAUCUUGCACCAGUCUACCACGCAAAGCACGCAUAGCGAUCAUCGGAGCAGGUCCAUCUGGGUUCUAUGCGGCCUCGCGAAUCCUCUCGCGGAUCCCGUACUCCUCGGGCGAUGUAUUGGCAUCACAAUCUGUUCACAUUGACAUCUUUGACCGCCUCCCCGUUCCGCACGGCUUGGUCCGCUAUGGAGUUGCACCAGACCAUCCCGACGUCAAGAAUGUCGAGCACAAAUUUGCUUCGGUCGCCCAGGAUCCUAGAAUCAGGUUCGCGGGUAACGUCAACGUCGUACAUUCCUCGGGCGACGAGUCGCAGAACAUUCCAUAUCCAGAAGCGGUGCAGGUACCCCUACAAGUGCUAUCGAGGUACUACACGCACAUCCUCUUUUCGUACGGUGCCUCGACGGGUCGCAGUCUGCACAUACCCGGUUCGGCGCCAGGCGAACUCGCAGGUGUAUACACAGCGUUGCAGUUCGUCAACUGGUACAACGGCCAUCCUGCAUCGCACGACCGCGUGCUUCUAGCAGAUUCGCGAUUCCAUGUGGAUUUGAGCAACAAGCAUCAUAUGAGUGUCAUCGGUGCAGGAAACGUGGCUCUCGAUGUUGCUCGCAUAGUGCUUCGCUCUUCAACGCCGUUUCUAGAUUCAGCAGAGAGGGUUACGUCGAACAAGGCUCCAGGUUUGGCAGCAUUGGAAGAGACGGAUGUACCCGAACCCGUGCUGGCCGAAUUGGCGCGGUGCAAAGUGCAACACGUCGAUCUGUUCGCCAGACGAGGACCAGCGCAGUUGGCAUUUACAAAUAAGGAGGUGAGGGAGAUGCUAUCGUUACAAGGCAUUGCGCUGCAACCGCUGGAGAAAGAGCUGCUCGAUUCGGCAUUGCACCAGCUCGAACAACUGGCUUCGAAAGCAACAUGUGAUCCAGCAAGCGCCAACCAGAUCGCUUCGGAAGUACGUGUAAAGAAACGUCUGCUGAGCUUGCUCGCCAAGGGCAGCAAGACGAAAGCUGAUGUCGGAGCGGACGUCAAGACGUGGGCGCUCAACGUGUUCCGCUCACCAGCCAAGUUUUCGCCUAAACAAGACGGGAGCAACCAAGUGGCGAGUAUCGAAUGCAACGUGACCUCUUUGCAGAGUGGACAACCGACAAGCCGAAACUUGGACGCGGCUGAUCCGCGGAAAGCUGCUUGGGGAUCGGGUUCGACGGAUGCAGUUUCGCCUGCAAGCACAUGGAUGGCGACAGGCCAAACGGUGAGCACUGCCACAGACAUGGUGGUGUCGUCAGUAGGAUAUCAGAGCGAGCCACUCUUCUCGCCCAGCACCGCCUCGACGCAGCAGUCUUGCAACGCCGUUGUCCAGGAAGGACGAUUAGUACAGCUGCCCUUUGACAACGCUCGUCGGAUCGUCCCCAACCUGGGCGGGCGCAUCAUCGACCCAUCAAACCAAUCCACUAUCCCUGGAGCGUACGUCAGCGGCUGGCUCGCGCAUGGCGCACAAGGCGUGAUUGCAACCACGAUGAUCGACGCCUAUAGCGUCGCAGACAUGAUCGUCUCUGACCUGCACGCUCCCAGUCGCGUCUCCAAGCACGAAACGCUGGUAGGCGCCGAUCUGUUGGACACUUUGCGGAACGAAUCAUCCAGACCGGUCGUUGGCUUUGACGAUUGGCACAAGAUCGACCAUGAGGAAAAGAGGAGAGGCGCAAAGUUGGGCAAGAUCAGGGAAAAAGUGCUCACCGUUGGCGAAAUGCUCGACAUCAUUAACUGA